CGCCCACAACCGGGAAAACGGCUCUAACACAAAUCAGUCCGUGCUUGGAAAGCAGUACUGCGCCUUCACCGGCCGCUUACUCCUGCAUCUAGUGUCACGCGCGUGUGAAACCGCCCGUGGGAAUAUAGGCUACGCCACGAAAAUGUCACGGCAUCAUCAGCGGACGCCGCUGAAAAACGAAGAGAGUGUGGUGGAGGUGAAGAGCAAAUUUGAGGCAGAGUACAGACGGUUUGCUCUGAAGAAAAACGGGGCCGGAGGCUUUCAGGAAUUCUACCAGCUCCUGCAGACCAUUCAUCGGAUCCCGGGAGUGGAUGUGCUGCUGGGCUAUGCCGACAUACAUGGAGAUCUACUUCCUAUCAACAACGAUGACAACUUCCACAAAGCACUGUCCUCAGCCAAUCCGCUGCUUCGGAUUAUUAUUCAAAGGAGAGAUGAAGAUGACCCCAUACCCUUCCCCACCGGGUCUCUCCAAAGAAGAAAAAAGGGCUUAGCAGGUCUGCGUCAAGCACAGCAAAAGUCCAAACCGGCACUGCUCAUCGGCCUUCCGCAGGAUUUCCGACAGAUCUCAUCUAUCAUAGACGUGGACAUCUUGCCCGAGACGCAUCUCCGUGUCCGUUUGCACAAGCACGGCACCCACAAACCUCUUGGCUUUUACAUUCGCGAUGGCAUCAGUGUCCGCAUCACUCCCCAAGGCGUAGAAAAAGUUCCCGGCGUCUUCAUCUCACGCCUUGUAAAAGGUGGACUGGCGGAAAGCACGGGAUUGCUUGGAGUGAACGAUGAGAUUCUGGAGGUUAACGGCAUUGAUGUGGCGGGGAAGUCACUCGAUCAAGUCACAGACAUGAUGGUUGCCAACAGCCACAACCUGAUUGUGACGGUGAAACCCGCCAAUCAGCGCAACAACGCGAUGCAUCGUGCGAGCAAAACUUCGGCAGGCAACAGUUCAGUUGGCUCGGUGGGCUCCGCCCUUUCUCAUGACUCCGCCCCCAGUCCGGCUUCACAGAACGCUAGCCAAUACAGCAACAGCGUGGCUGAGGGAGAUAGCGAUGACGAUACAGAUCUCAUCAUAGAGAACGACAACCUGCCUUCGUACACGCCACACCGCAUGACUAAUGGCAACGGCGUCCAAUCAGGGGGGUUCGCACACAGGCCAAUCCCACAAAGUGUUUCCUUGCCCAGUAGCAGCUCUUUAUCAGACAGCAAGGCUUCCUUAAGCUCCCUGACCACACCUACACACAACGGCAGCCCGACCAAGAUGAGCAGCAGUCAGGAAAGCAUGCGAGAGGAUGGGAACUUCAUUACGUUAUGAGGAGUAGGACGCAGUAUGGCGACUUUAUGCACAUUUACACAAAAUGAAGGAACUUACUAUUAUAAUUAUUAUUAUUUUUUGACAUUACUGUCACGAAACUACAUACUGUUCAUAAGCCGGUGUACAAUUUAGCCGGCGACGUGUGAUGAUGCAUGUGACGCUCAUCUUAUGGAAGUGCCUUAUGGCUCUCCACUUUUCUCGCCUUAGUGUAUGUUUGAACGACUGUAUUCAUUUCGCACAACCCCAGACUCAACAACGGACUCAACAAGUCGUUCAGCUCACAAUGACUGUGAAUAUAAUGCGCUAGAUACUACUGGAUGCCUGAUGUUGCUGUUUGCACAUCUCUGAGGAUGUAAGGGGAUGACGUCACCUCUAGGAAAGUGAUUUGUCUCUUACUGUAGAUUCAUCUCAUUUUUUAUGAUCCCUCUUGCAUUGAUGGAUUAAGAAGAUAAUGGUGAAAGUACAGGGGUAGGUUGCUCAUAUCACCUCAUACUGAUAUAAUAACCAUGGUUUCUGUUACUCAAGAUAGCCUCCAAAUAUCUGUUCUACGUGAUGAUUCAAAAGUGGUGUCAAACUUUCCAUCUGCACAACAUAAGACGGUCACAGAAAGUGUUGCAUUUGUGAAUCGGCCUUACACUGAGACAGCAAUUAUUUAUUUUCCCUCUCAGUUUAUACUGUAACAGUGCAUUUGUUAAAGAGCACAUUUUUAAUCUCCAUUUACAUCAUUCUGAUUGCAAAAAUUUGGUUUUUCAUAUGUAUGGAUAAUUUUAAAUAUCUGUUCCUUUGUUCCCAUCUUCUGUUGCAUUUUCUCAAAUGUUUUUAAUCUUAAAACAGCUUCGAACACGUUUGCUCUUCUUAAGCGCUCUUAAAAAUGGUGCUAAAAUGUACUAAAAGCUCAUAAUCAUAGGGAAACAUUUUUAGCACUAUAUAGCACCUCUGUUGAACCAUAAGUCGUGCUAAAGCAUGACAAUAGCACCACUUAUGGUUCAACAUAGCGCAAUAUCACAAAUAGCACUUAAAGUGGUUCUUGGCUCGUAAUCAUAGAGGAACAUUUUAAGUGCCAUAUAGCAUCUGUGUAGCACAGGUGUAGAACCAUAUUGUGCUAUGUAGAACCAUAUGUGGUGCUAUAUGACCCCCGUAUGGUUCUUCAUGGGUGCUAUAUAUCACUUAACAUGGUUCCUGAUUAUGAGCCAAGAACCACUUUUAGUGCUAUUUAGCAGUUUGUUUUUAAAAGUGUAUGGUUCUACAUAGGUGCUGUUUAGCAUGGUUCCCCUAAUUACGAGCCAGUGGACCACUUUUGGUGCUAUUUAUUUAGCACCAUUUUUUUAGAGUGGUUCAAUUCAUAUCUUAUGUUUAUAUCUUAGGUCAGUCCUCUUUAAUCCAUUCUCCCCUCCAGAAAUAUAUUUAAUUGGCACCAGUUUGUCGCAACUUCAGAAAAACUCGACCUCUUAAAGACUCGCUCUGUCAGUUUCUUCUGUGUGCGAUAUCUGUUUUUCUGUAAGAAAAAGGAAAUUCCUUUCAUGUUUGGAAAGGCCAGAAUUCUGCACUUUGGGACCUUUUUCACACAGUUCAUGCCUGAUUGCAAAAGCUGUGAGGCUUUGUUUGCCAUGGUGUGUUCAGUCGUAUUUUUAAAGUAUAAUCUUACAGAAAUGGCACUGAGGUAGAUACUGUCAGACUUGGAGCUAAAUAUUGGUUUCUUUUAUGUCUAACAGACCCAAGCACUGAACAGCCAAUGGUUUCCCAGGUGAAUGCUUGUUUAGACUGUAGAAAUACCUGCCUCAGGACUUCCAGGGCUUCAAAGGCUGUCUGUCAAACCAUGCGCUAUAGACAGAGGCUAUUUUUUAUUUUUUGUUGCAAUGUCCUUGUGAGGAAAAAUUAUAUCUAGGGAUAAAUCGAGUGAAUGUGCUACUAAUAUAUUUAUUUAGUUUUUGAUAGACAUGCCAAGUUCUACAUAUUUGGUUUUUGAAGAAGGCAUCGGUGAAAGUGGAUUUUUCCAUGUCAUUGGAUGGGCGUGAUGGAAGAAGGUGUGGGCUCAUCUGCGUUAUCUGGUUUAACUUGAUCGGCAUAACAAAUGAGGUGUAAUUUUACCGCAAAGCUGACAUCACUAAGGUAGCCUUGAGUGUAAAAACAACAUAGUUUAUAUGAACCGGUCUAGACAUAACAUCUGCACAACUGACACCCUUUGACUCAUAGCAACAUUGUUAUGAGCAAUCAAUGAAAAGUAAUAAUGGAGGAUGAUUUUGAAACCUAAAGAAAGAGAUUUUUGGUGAAACGUGAGUUCAGUACAAUCCUGAAUUAAGUUUUAUUGUUGAUUUCUGAAGAGAAAACGUAUUGGUCUACAUCUAAACAAUGUUUCGAACACACAGAACAGCACAUAAUCGGAGCACUAAUUAUACCACAUGAGCAUUAUUUUUUGUGUAUGUAAAUGUAUAUGUAUAAAUAGAAAUAUUAAAUGAUGGAGACUUUUGUAUACUAGGAGCCCUUUUUAUAAAAAGAGCAUUUUAUAUAUAUGUGUAAAAUAUGGAAAGUAUUUUUCUUAUUCUUGUACUUUUGUAUGUAUAUUAGAAUUCUGGAGAGGAGGUUUCUAUUUCUUAUCAGUAUCGUGAACAAAAGAAAUCUUUAGAAGCUUGUGUUUUUAUUUUAAUCUGAUGGGUCAAGGUGUACAAUACUGUGAAUGAUAUAUGAUGAUUAUAAAAUGUUCU